GCGGAGCCAGCAGUUUUGUUCUACAUAAUUCAUGCCUAAACAAUACAUUUUUUAUUUUAGUUAUAAAGUUUAUAGAUACAUAGCAAAUAUACAUUCAGUUUACAGGUGUCGUAAUUCUGAUGUUGCAUUGUUUUAUUUUUGUCAUCUGUCAUAUUUGUUUCUACAAAACAGGUGCUGGUGAAAAAGAGAAAGAGCCCGAAAAAGUGCUUGGAGAUGUCGACAGCCAGCCUCCUCAGCCUGAAAAGAGCCAACCCAUUUCUUUGUGCUUUCCAGAUGAUGAUGUUGGUGUCCAGGUUCCAGGCCCUGUUAAGAGGAACUUUGUUAUCCCUGUCCAUUUGACUGGUCCCCCUAGUUUCCCAAUGCAAAACCGUCGUAUCCCUAUUCGGUUACAGCUUCCUACAGCGAGAGAGUAUCCAUUUCAGUUAUCACCAGAUUUUGUGGUGAGCGGUGUGACUAUGGUAACCUCUCCUCUCCGUUCUGUAAUCCAGAAACCUGUCCCUAAAAAGCCAUUCAUUUCUCAUUAUAACUAUGAAGUCUUCAGUAAACAGCUGAUUGCUAAAGAGAUGAAAGGUCCAGAGAAAGUUGCCACCAUAUACUUAGAACUGAGCAAGUCUGAUAGAAAACUGGAAAGUCAAGAAAAAAGUCACAGGAUCAAAAAAGGUCAAAAGAUUAUGUGGGAUGAAGAACAGAUCGUGCAGGAUGAGGAACAGAUCAUGCUGGAUAUGGAAAAGGGAAUGAGAAAAGAGAACAUGCUCUAUGAAGGUAUAACUUGUUUUUAUAGUCUGUGGCGGUAGUGACUUGGAAGGGUGUACUAACCAGCCAAAUCCAUGGAUCCAUGAUUAAACCCUCUCUUUCAUACCAUUAAACCAGUGGUUCUCAACCUGUGGAUCGGGACCCCAUUUGGGGUCGAACGACCAUUUCACGGGGGUCGCCAAACAACGCA